AGAGAGAGAGAGAGAGAGACUUCGUUUUUGACAGAACAAUUCCUGUAAAAUCGUGUUUCGGCAUAAGGAAGCAGAAGAGAUGUCGGAUGUCGUGGAUGACGACAAACGAAGCGAAGCUUCCCCGAGACCGUCUCAGUUGACUCCCUUCAGCAUCGCCGACAUCCUCAGCAGAAGAACCUCUUGCACGGAGCGACGACCCUCCGAGUCGGAGGAAACGCAAAGCGUAGCGUCGUACGCGAAAAGACCUCAGCAACGCGACUACGAGUGUUUGGAGAACGACCACAGGGAAGGUCAGUUGGAGGAUCGCAAUCAGAUGGCCAGAUUCUCCAGGCUACCAUCGCCGGAUCUCAACGUGGCUCGCGAGCUAGACAUACUGACGAGGAAUCUGGUCCACGCGAAUAUUUCCAACUUUGGGACUAUUCCGCACUUGGCACAGGGAGGAACGUUCAAGCAUCUCGAAAACUUGAGCAACAUGGGUGGUUAUCAACCGGUGAAGGACUCGAGGGAUUCCUCGCAGAGGCAGCAAGACGAGGCGUUGGAUAUGAGCAAGAACAAAUACUUGGAGGACGGGGAGGAGGACAUGUUCGAGGCGCAGAAUCACGGGCAGAAUCUUCAGAGCAGGAAGAAACGGAGCAGAGCGGCCUUCUCUCACGCGCAGGUUUACGAAUUGGAGAGAAGAUUCGCAGCACAGAAAUACUUGUCGGGCCCUGAACGGGCGGAUCUUGCUCGAGGACUGAAGCUGACCGAAACUCAAGUGAAGAUUUGGUUCCAAAACAGACGGUACAAGACCAAAAGACGACAGCAGCAGGAGCUAGGCGCGCUGGUUAAUUCCGGAAACGCGAGACGCGUGGCGGUGCGAGUUCUCGUGCACCCGGACGAGCAUCUGAGGGGAUUGCCACUUCGUGGUUCCGGGCAACUUCCUGGGCAAAUGUCAGCCCCGCAAAUUCAUCCGGCGAACAAAGCGCUCGGCGGUUUCCCAUACUAUUGCCUCCCCUAUCAUCCCCUGCUCUGUCCGCCCCUUCACUCCACUCAUAUUCAGGUGCAAAACACGAUCGCGCCGGACCUCGAUCCCAGCCAGCUGGCGAAACUCAACGACGAGAAGUAAAGCGACAUUUUCACGCCCGUUUCAAACGGGCAUCGAAAAUGAAAGUGGCCAUCGGUCGGUUGAUUUUGGCCAGCUUCGAAUUACCACGCACGGCGGGGCAGGCGGGCGGUUUGUUCAACGUUCACCUGUGUGUACACCUAUCGCGUUUAUUGUUGCGAUCGAAAUCGAAAUUCCGCGGGCAAUCAUUUGCAUCGCUGCCAAGCCAGUCUGCUUAACCCCCUUGUAAACACGAUGUAAUUUAAAAGUUAUCAACGACUUUAGAUACGAUCGGAAAUGAAAUUUUUGUUUGGUUGUCUGCGUAUCAUCGUACGAAUAUUGAUUUACUUAUCUUCUUAGAAAUAUGUCGAAUGAAUUAUAUUUCACGAUUGACGGAUUUUAAAUUCGAGUCAAAUUCGAGCCACAGUUGACUAAUUAAUGUUAAUUAAUAUUCUUACGGUUACAGAGGAUUAAAACGAUCGAU